GUCAGUUGCUAAAGGAAAGCCAGCCGCUUCCGUGUUGUUCUGGUGUUAUUCUGGUUGAAAACAAUCGUUAGCGCGGUCGGAGCAGACCUGACAGCCUCUCUGCGGGGUUAUUAUCAUGAUUCUGUGAAGCUUGGAGACAUUUUCACCUCAUUUUUCCCGAAAUGUCGCUGCUGCAGAGCUCCAAGAAGAAAGACAAGCGCAUUCUGUGCGGUACCUGCCCGGACCCGAAAUGCCAGGCGCGGCUCUUCUUCCCCGCUCACGGCUCCAUCAGCAUCGAGUGCACGGAGUGCGGCCAGCGGCACGAGCAGAGCGGCCUGCUGAACGUGGAGGAGGUCACCGACCCGGACGUGGUGCUCCACAACCUGCUCAGAAACGCCCUGCUCGGCGUCACCGGGGCCCCGAAGAAGGGGACCGAGCUGGUGAAGGUGAUGGGGCUGUCCAACUACCACUGCAAGCUGCUGUCCCCGGUGCUGACCCGCUACGGCAUGGACAAACAGACCGGUAAAGCCAAACUGCUGAAAGACAUGAACCAGGGGGAGAUCUUUGACUGCUCCCUGCUGGGGGACCGUGCCUUCCUCAUAGAGCCGGACCAUGUCACCACCAUGGGGUACGGCAAAGACCGCUCCGGGAGCCUGAUCUACCUCCACGACACCCUGGAGGAGAUCAAGAAGGCCAACGCCAACAGAGAGUGUCUCAUCCCGGUCCACGUGGACGGAGAUGGACACUGCCUGGUCCACGCGGUGUCCAGAGCCCUGGUGGGCAGGGAACUGUUCUGGCACGCGCUGAGAGAAAACCUGAAGCAGAACUUCAAGCAGAACCUGGACUGCUACAAAAACCUGUUCCAGGACUUCAUUGACGCUGCAGAGUGGGAGGACAUCAUCAAUGAGUGCGACCCCCUGUUCAUCCCCCCCGAAGGCGUCCCAUUGGGACUGCGUAACAUCCACAUAUUCGGGCUGGCCAACGUCCUCCACCGGCCCAUCGUCCUGCUGGACUCCAUGAGUGGGAUGAGGAGCUCCGGCGACUACUCUGCCACCUUCCUGCCUGGACUUGUCUCAGAGGAACAGUGCAAGGGGAAGGACGGGAAGCCGAACAAACCCAUCUGCAUCGCCUGGAGCAGCUCUGGCAGGAACCACUACGUUCCUCUGGUGGGCAUCAAGAACACGGUUCUCCCUAAGCUGCCGCCCCGCCUGCUGCCAAAGGCCUGGGGCGUCCCGCAGGAGCUCAUCAGGAAGUACAUCAAGCUGGAGUCGGACGGGAGCUGUGUGAUCGGAGGCGACCGCAGCCUGCAGGAUAAGUACCUGAUGCGGCUGGUGAACGCCAUGGAGGAGGUGUUCAUGGAGAAGCACAGCAUCCACCCGUCACUGGUGGCCGACGUUCACCAGUACGUCUACCGGCGGACCGGCGUGAUCGGCGUCCAACCGGAGGAGGUGACAGAGGCGGCCAAGAAGUCUGUGAUGGAGAGCCGUCUGCACCGCUGCCUGAUCUGCGGCGCCCUCUCUGAGCUGCACAUCCCGUCCGAGUGGCUGGUACCGGGCGGGAAGCUCUACAACCUGGCCAAGUCCACGCAUGGACAGCUGCGGCCCGACAAGAACUACAGCUUCCCCCUCAACAACGUGGUGUGCUCCUACGACCCCCACAGAGACUUCCUGGUCCCGGACUACAAACUGAGCUCCCUGAACACCUGCACCUGGUGCCACGGGACGUCGGUGCGGCACAUCCGUGGGAACGGGUCGGUGGUGUACCUGGACGGGGACAGAACCAACAGCCGGUCGCAGGGGGGGAAGUGUGGCUGCGGCUUCAAGCACUACUGGGAUGGGAAGGAGUACGACAACCUGCCCGAAGCCUUCCCCAUCACCCUGGAGUGGGGGGGCAGGGUGGUCCGGGAGACGGUGUACUGGUUCCAGUACGAGACGGACCCGACGCUGAACAGCAACGUGUAUGACGUGGCCAUGAAGCUGGUCACUAAGCAUUUCCCUGGAGAGUUUGGCAGCGAGAUCCUGGUGCAGAAGGUGGUGAACACCAUCCUGCACCACACGGCCAAGAAGAACCCGGAUGAGUACAACCCGGUGUCCAUCGACGGGGCCCACGCCCAUCGCCUCGGCGACGGGACGGAGGUGCCGCCGCCGCCGGACCCCCAGCUGCCCACCAAGAUCAUCCUGACGGGUCAGAAAGCCAAGACCCUCCACAAGGAGGAGCUGACGAUGAGCCGGGCGGAGCGCAGCCUCCAGCAGAGCAUCAGCGAGCAGGCCUUCGUCUCCCAGAAGAGACGCUCCGACAAGCUGAAGCACGACCCCAAAGGUCAGGGCCGGACCUCGUCCCCCGGCGGCUCCCCAGAAACCUCCUCCUCCUCUGCUCCCGCCACGCCCACCAAGACUUCCUCCCCCUCAUCCUCCUCCAACAAGGAGAAGAAGAUCCGGGUGACGACCAGCGACGGGCGGCAGGCCAUGCUCACCCUUCCGGCCCUCACCACCUUCGCUGAGCUGCGGCGGAGCAUCGCCAAGCAGUUCGACGUGCCGCCGCCACAGCAGUGCAUCCGCUACGGCUUCCCCCCCAGAGAGCUGCUGCCGCCCCGGGACGGCGAGGAGAACGAGCCGGUGGCCCUGCAGCACGGCGACAGGGUGACGGUGGAGAUCCUCAGGGGUCCCGAGGACAGGGGCCCCGGGGCCCCCAUCACCAGGGCGACCAGCUCGCACUCCGCCCUGCACUCGACAAAGAGCGACGACGCGGUGACGGGCGGCCGGACGAGCAGCCGGGAGAUCCAGGAGAGCAUCGACCUGGAGAUGUCCUCCCUCUGUCUCCUAGCAACCCUGAUGGGCGAGGACGUUUGGUCGUACGCCAAGAAGCUGCCACACUUGUUCCAGCAGGGCGGCGUCUUCUACAACAUCGUCAAGAAAGACAUGGGCCUCAUGGACGGGAAGCAUUGCACGCUGCCUCACCUGACGGGGAAAACCUUCGUCUACAACGCGGCGGAGGAGCGGCUGGAGCUCUGCGUGGACGCCGCGGGUCACUUCCCGGUCGGGCCGGACGUGGAGGAGCUGGUGAGGGAGGCGGUGCUGCAGCUGCGCUCCGAGGCCUCUAGGGGCAGCAGAGAGGGCAGCCCGUCCCACGGCGUCCUGCGGCUGGGCAGCGGCGGCGUCGUCCGCAAGAAGGAGCAGCUGCAGAGCGUCACCGCCUUCCAGGGCAAAGGUCACUCCCUGGGGAGCGCCGGAGGCUCCUCCCCUCCAGAGCACCGGCCAAUCACGCGGCAGCACAGCAGCGGCGUGGACCUGAGCGCCAGCGUGUCCAGAGGAGCGCCGGACCUGUCGGACAUUCCCGAGGACGCCACCAGAGAACUGGUCCGCAUGGCGCCGGGCUUCGUGGCCAGCAGGGACGGCCGGGCGCCCGACCCGGGCCUGAUGGAGCAGCAGCGCCGCAAGCUGCAGGAGAUGGUGUCCUCCAUCCAGGCCUCCAUGGAGCGCCACCUGAAGGAGCAGCAGGGCGCUGCAGGCGCCGUGGGCGGGGCCAGCCAGGAGCGAACUGCUGGGUCCAAACCCGGCACCGCGGCCGCCACGGGGGGCAAACCGGAGGAGCCAGAGGAGAUGGAGAGCCAGGACGCUGGGCAGGGCAGCGCCAGCGAACCCAUGGACCACUCCUGAUGGCGCCGCCGCCACCGUGCUGCCUCCGCCCCCUGACCGCCGCCUGCUGCCCCGCCGCAGGCCGGACCCCAAAGCUUAGGUCUUCAUUACGUCGCGUCGUCUUUACUGCAUGACUGAGGAGCGAGCUGACCGCCCUGCUGCUGCCGCGGCAACCGUCGCUGAGCUGAGACACGGAGGCGGUCCGUCUGCGGCGCAUCGUCACUCCGCCACUGUUCGUGUCUUUCCUCCGCUAACUGUCUCACCUCAGAGGCAGGAAAUAAAUCCGGAGCAAACGGAUUUAUUUCCUUCUUCAGGAGAACUUUCCCUCCAGCUGGUGACUCUUCGUCGGCUCCCAGCGUUCCCAGUCGCCUGGAAGCUGACCGGAUUGUAUCUCCAGCCUUCUGAAUCCCUCCUGCUUCAAACUGACCCCAAAGAACCCGGUCAGAUUAAAGAGCAGGGCCACUUCCUGUCUGCACAGGAAGUGAUAAUUGGCCCACAGAGGAGACGUAAUCGCUUCCAUUGCUCAACUCUGCUGCCUUCAUCACCAUCACCUGCUUUGCUCCCACCGCCUGGCUGAGGAAUGCUGGACUCCUGAAGCCGCCAAACGGCGCCACCUGCAGGCCGGAAGGAGCUCCUGCAGAGGUUCACAGCCCAACGUGAGCUUCAGGUCUCUGCUGGACCCGACUUGGAGACGCAGCCGAGUGACGAAUUAAAGGAAAACAGCGACUGAAGGAAGCGAUUCUCCUGAAUGAAUUUAUUCCAGCUGUGAUUUUAGAUUCGUUCUUCUUCUCCUGUAGGAAUCUGUUCACAGCCAAUCAGAGCUGAGAACCGGUUGGGUUUGCUUUAACUAAACACUAACGGAUGAGUUCACAGGUAGGUAUUUACAGCAGUGUGUGCCACUCACUUAAUAAAACAUCAAGUGUUAAUAAUAAUAGUUUCUAUGUACAACUUUAGCUGUUUUUUAUGCACAGAAGCCAUAUUGGAUUCUGAAGCUCUGAUUUUUCCGGGUGAGAUUCUGACGCUCUUCCUGGUUUUCCUCACUGGAAACUUGCAAAGUUAAACUCUUUAGUGUUCGUUCUGUUGAGUUUUGAUCUCAGUUUUGAAGUAAGUUUUUCUAAACCCUGACAGAGUUCUGAUCGUUUCCAGAAACUGAUGAACAUUUAUUGUAGGCUGACAGGUUUGGGCUUCGAUCUUUGAAACGGGUCAGCUCCAUGUGUCCGGCUCUUUCCUGUCAGGGACACCAGAACCCCCCCACCUGUGGAGACGUUCAGACCUAUGUUGAGCGUCGGCGGUGUGUUCAUGACGUCCUCCAUGCAGGUUAAACUCAGAUCAACCUCAACGUCAGUCUGGAGGUUUCAGCUGUUUGUAAUUCCUUUAAUUCAUCACUCGUCUGUUGAAUGUAAAAACGUCCCAGCAGUGAAAUGCCAAAGAGGGAAACGUUUUCUGAUCGGCUUUUUUAGAGAAGUUCAAGUUGAGGAUUCGGAUUGAAGCAGGUUGACCAACUGGAGGUCAGUUUAUGCAGCAACUUUUACAGAUUAAUACGUUUGUUUGUUUUUCAUCCGUUUAAAAAAUCUCCAUAAAAGCGAAUUUGAACAUUUUUGUCUCCGUAAAGUUGAUUCUAGCAGCAGCUUGAAGCCGAAGCUCCUGUUGCCAAAAUCAGAAGUCAGAAAAAAACCAACCUGAAGGAAACAUGAGCAGUGAGCGGAAUGGCUCCCCCUGGUGGAGAGAGAGGCUCGGUGCAAUUCUUCUUUUCUCAAGAUAUUUAAGUAAAUAUGUCACAUAAAUCAAGUUUAGAUUUUUAAAAAGUGGCGAUUCAAAGACGACAACAAAGAACAAAUUUCCUAAAAAGAUGUGAUUUAUUUCUCUUGUGGAGGGCAUUUUUAUUUUUUAUUUUUUGAAUUGUUUCUUUUAUUUUGAAGCUUCUUGUCAAACCUGAUUAUUUUCCUGGGCUCUUAAAGCUGCAGUCACCCAAUACCUGAGCAGAACUUCCCUCCAUCCGGACCCACUUUCACCUGAACGUCUGUUUAAACAGCAGCCAAAGAAAAACCGGGUUAAAGUCGCUCCUUACAUUUGAAUAUUUCACCAAAUCACAAAAUAAAUAAAACAUUUGGAAGCUCAGAAGUUUUGCUGGGUUACAAGAAACAUGAAAAAAUCUUGUAUUUAUUUUUUGGUGAGUUUUUCUGACGGUUGACAGAUUGUGUAGCGUCAAACGGAACCGAUCAGAACAAACCGUUUCCUGGCUCAGGUUUUCAGGACGGCUCCCCCUGCUGGACCUGAGCGCUGCUCCAGCACCAGAACACCAAAGGUCCGAAUGACCGGUUCCGGAAGAACUCCUGGAUUAUGUCACAUCUCAGGUUCUGGUUGGGCUCCAGGUCUCUCCUCACGUUUCUCAUAAAAACUCAUGAAAAGCUUCAAGUUUCAGUUUCUGCAGCUGAAGUUUGAAACAAUCAGUUUUAAUUUUAAUGUUUUUAAUGUUUUUUUUUUUUUUUUUUUGCUCAUAUAAACUUUAAAGCUUCUUAUUUUGUUGAACUCGUCUCGCACAGUAACGCUGAGUUUGUGUUUUACUCUCUGAUGCUCGUGCUUUUGGAGGAGGUUGUUGCCAUGACGACAGCCAGAAGCGGCUGGACUCGUUUUAGUUUUAUUUAAUUUGACGAAAGCUCAAUCAUUUGACACUUAGAAAGUUGGUCUUUUGCAGAUGAACAUUUUUGGAAGUUGAGAUUUGCUGCCAGUUAUCAGGUUUCUGUCCAUCUGCUGACUAGAAACUGGUUCUGGUUCUGGUUCUGUUCUGGUUCCUUCCUCAGAAAUCAUCAGUUUUAAAGUGUUGUUGUUUAAAUCUUUAGUUUUCUGCUCCUGGUUGAAGUGAAGAAAUGUAAAACUCGGCACUCUGAAGUUGCUGAACCCGGAGCAGAAGGGCCCUUCGGAUCAGAACCUCCUGCUGUCACCGACCCGCGGCUCCUCCAUGUUCCUGCUGUAUUAUAGUACAUAUUGUAGAAUAUUUGGACCUGUACAGAAAGCGCUCCGUUUCCCCCUCGGUUGGUUCUUUUGGAUCUUCUGUCUGGUUGCUAAUAAAACGCUGACGACACUCUGCUCCACGUCGCUGUUUGCAUGAAAACUUCUCAGCUCCACCAAUAAAAUCACUUCCUCCA